UCUCUCUCUCUCUCUCUCUCUCUCUCUCUCUCUCUCGCAAGGAGAAGACGUGUCGAGAGUCGCUCCGCAAAUGUAAUAACUUUUGAGUGGUUUAAAGUGAGAAAAGACAUAAAAUAAGUUGAUUGGCUUGCGCCGUCAUAGACCGGGGAUAGCUGUGAAAGUUAUCUAGCCGGGAUAUGGCGAUCUGUGAAUGUGAGCAGUGAAUUUACUGUUUGGGACAUCGAAGUCUCACAAGACAGUAGACAUUAUACGUGGACACAAUAGUGCUGACGUGUGAAAGUGGAUCACAGGUGACGGAUCGCUUAUGCUGAUAUUAACGGUUUCGGCCGGUAAUUAUCAGCAUGGACGAGGAAUAUGCAGAAUACCGAUGCUCGGCAUGUAGGAAGGCAAUUAAGAGCAAAGUUGUUAGAUGUAAAACUUGCCCAAAGCUUUUUUACCAUCCAGGAUGUGUAAAUAAGCAUAGAAUUUUCGACAGAAAUCAAGAGUACGUGCCGUGUAAAGGCCCAUUUGAGGAAUUCUUGACUGACAUUGAAAAAGCACCGACACCGACAGGAAGAGAUAGGACAUCAUCGACAGGAUCCGUAGGAAUGAGCAGUGGAAGUAAAGGGUCAGGAAUCGAUUUAAAAAUAGAUUGGAUUAUAAGAGCUGUAAAAGAAAUAAAAGAUGAGGCGGUACGUAAAAACGAAAUUAAAACAAUGAUUAAAGAAGUAGUUCAGGAAGAAUUAGAAAAUGUCAAACAAGAAUUAGAAACUUUGAAGAAAAUGAUACAUGGAUCAAAAGAAGGACCACAGAGAAGCUACAGUGAAGCGGUCAAAGAAAAGAAGAAAGAAAACGUUAUAAUAGUUAAACCAAAAUUGCAACAGGAGAGUGAAGACACAAAAAACGUAAUAAAAGAGAAGGUAGAUAUAAAAAAUAUGGCAAUGGGAGUAACGAAAUUAAAGAAAGGAAGCAAAGGGAUAGUAAUUAUGGGUUGUGAAUCUGGAGAAGAGGUGAAAAAAUUGAAAGAGGCAGUACAAGCUAAGCUGGGAGAGAAUUAUAAAGUGCUCGAGUCGUCUCGAUCGGAACCAAAAGUAAAAAUUGUUAACAUAAAUUUAGAAGAGAUGAACUUAGAUGAUAAUGAACUUAUAAAUACAAUUAAGAAGCAGAAUAGAAUAGAUACAGUAAAUAUGCGAAUUGUGAAGAGAAUGGUUAAAGAAAAGAGUAACAACCAAAGAAGAGGAAAUGAAGGAUCAGUAAUAAUGGAAAUAGAUGAAGAGACGCACGAGCUGAUAUUGAAGAAAUCAAAACUAAAUAUAGGAUGGAACAAAUGUCCUGUAUUUAAUCACAUCAGCGUCAAAAGAUGUUUCAAGUGCUGGGUGUACUUCCACAUUGCUAAAAAUUGUACGAGAGAAGAAACAUGCUGCAAAUGCGCAGGGAAUCAUAGCUCGCGGGUUUGCACAGCAACGGAGAGCAAAUGUGUAAAUUGUAUGUUCAAAAAUAGAACAUACAAUUUAAAAAUAAAUGACGAACAUGAAGCCAUCAGUCGAGAAUGUCCAACUUUUAAGAGAGCGUUACAGGAAGAGAAGAGAAGAGCAGGUUGUGAGGAUACAAAAUAGCAACUACAGAAGAAAGAAGAAAUAAUUAUGUAUACAAAUGCGCAGAGCUUAACAGCACACAUAGACGAACUACAGCAUCAGGUUAUGAAGAGGAUAAAUCCUGUGAUGGUAGCGAUGUCGGAGACCAGGCUAAUUAGUGACAUAGAAGACAGUGAAGUAAAUGUGCCAGGUUACACUGUAGUUAGAUGCGAUGCCGAAAAUAGGAACACAGGGGGAGUUAUUAUGUAUAUAAGAGACGAUAUUAGAUAUGAAGUAGUAUUAAUAAAAAAGUUAGAAUCAAAUUGUUGGUGUGCUGCGAUAGAAAUGAAAGAAAAACUUUAUAAAGGAGUGAUAAUGGUAAUAUAUCACUCACCAAGCGCAUCGCACGGAGAUUUCAUGAGAUUUUUUGAGGAUAUAGUAGAGGAGUUAAUAAUAAAGGGAGAAUGCAUGGUAAUAGGAGAUUUUAAUAUAGACCUUAUGGCGGACACGUUAUAUGCGAAAAAAUUACAAGAGACAAUGUUAAGCUUGGGCAUGAAACAGUAUGUGAACGAACCAACGAGAGUUACAAAAGACAGUCAGACAAUUAUAGAUUUAAUUUUUUCUAAUAAUAAUAAAACAGUACAAGUAGUUCAUGAACCUAAGAUUACGGACCAUGCGUGGCUGAAAGUAGAGUUAAGUGUGAGUAAAAAUGAAAGUAAAUACAGGGAAUUUAGCGCUAGAAAUUACAAAGAGUUCGAUGAAGAUGAAUUUGUUAUAUUAGUAAAAAAUAGGUUACAGGAAAGUCAGGGAUGGCAAUGCGAAUGUGUAGAUGUGAGUGAGAGAGCGAAAAAAUUUGUUAACAGUAUAGUAGAUGCGUUAGAUGUAAUGGCACUGAAGAAAAAAUUUAGAAUUCCAAAAGUAUGGGAGGGGAAAAAAUGGUUCUCAGAUGAGAUAAGAGAGGCUGCGGAUAGGAGGGAUAGGGCAUAUAGGAAAGCAUUGUAUGACAAUACCGAACAAAAUUGGUCACAGUAUAAAAUUGAAACAAAUGGAGUAGUAAAAUUAAUCAG